CUGUGCUGCAGCUAUUCAGGGUCAGGACCUACCCAGAAAUUUUUAGGGGCUGGCCUCCCAUGGCUGUCCCUUGCAUGCUGCCAAGUCAACCUGUGCCUGGCACAAAGCCUCUGCGGUGUGGCAGGAGGAAAUGGCCCCCACAAACACACAGCAGUGUUGGAGGGGAGGAGGGAGCCUGCUGGGUGGUGCUGCUCAGGCUCUGUGCUCCUCCCCAGGGCUACGCUUCUCGCAGCCUCCCUGGCUUCCUCCCUCUCUAUCCGGCUGUGCUGUGUGUCCAUCUGUCAGUCUGUGCUGUGUGUCCAUCUGUCAGUCUGUGGUGUGUGUGCAUCUGUCAGUCUGUGGUGUGUGUCCAUCUGUCUGUCUGUGGUGUGUGUCCAUCUGUCAGUCUGUGGUGUGUGUCCAUCUACCCAUCCACACAUCCGGGGAGCCUCUCCAGCAUCCGCUGGGAGCUGAUGCUGGCUGGGUGGUCACUUGGUCCACAGUCUGGCGUCGGAGCGGGGACAGGAGAGGUCACAUUUCAAAUACCCUGCCCUGCCCAUGCACCUCUGCAGCUGACUCCCCCUGGUUGCCCUUCAGGCCAGGGACAGAGUGUACCUGAGCAAGGUGCAGCAGUGGGCAGGUUUUCAGCUGAGCCAGCGCAGCGUCAGUGCUGUCCUGUCCACAGCAGCCCGGCGAGCGUGGCGCAGGGGCGGCCGGCAGGACCACCAUGGCCACUGUCAUCCUGGAGAGCAUCUUCCUGAAGCGCUCACAGCAGAAGAAGAAAACCUCUCCCCUCAACUUCAAGAAGCGCCUGUUCCUCUUGACAGAGAGCAAGCUGUCUUACUAUGAGUAUGACUUUGAGAGAGGGCGCCGUGGCAGUAAGAAGGGCUCAGUGGACAUUGAGAAGAUCACCUGUGUGGAGACAGUGGUGCCUGAGCACAACCCUCCCCCUGAGCGGCAGGUCCCGAGGAAAGGAGAAGAUGGCAACAACAUGGAGCAGAUCUCAAUCAUCGAGCGGUUCCCUUACCCUUUCCAGGUGGUGUAUGACGAAGGGCCCCUCUACGUCUUCUCCCCGACGGAGGAGCUGCGCAAACGCUGGAUCCACCAGCUGAAGAGCGUGAUCCGGUACAACAGCGACCUGGUGCAGAAGUACCACCCCUGCUUCUGGAUCGACGGCCAGUACCUGUGCUGCUCCCAGACAGCCAAGAACGCCAUGGGCUGCCACAUCCUGGAGAGCAGGAAUGGCAGUUUGAAAGUCGGGCGGUCGCAUCGCAAGACAAAGAAGCCUCUUCCCCCAACUCCCGAGGAGGAACAGAUGGUGAUGAAGCCCCUGCCUCCUGAGCCUGCCCCCAGCACAGCAGGUGAGAUGAAGAAGGUGGUGGCCCUCUACAACUACCUGCCAAUGAAUGCACAGGACCUGCAGCUGCAGAAGGGUGAGGAGUACUUCAUCCUGGAGGAGAGCCACCUGCCCUGGUGGAAAGGCCGUGACAAGAACGGGAGGGAAGGAUACAUCCCCAGCAACUAUGUCACUGAAGCCAGCAAUUCCCUGGAGAUCUUUGAGUGGUACUCAAAGAACAUCACCCGGAGCCAAGCAGAGCAGCUGUUGAAACAGGAGGGCAAGGAAGGAGGCUUCAUUGUCCGGGACUCCACCAGCAAGACAGGGAAAUACACUGUCUCUGUCUACUCCAAGUCUUCUGUAGACCCCCAAGGCACGAUCCGCCACUACGUCGUGUGCUGCACGCCCCAGCACCAGUACUACCUGGCAGAAAAGCAUCUGUUCAACACCAUCCCCGAGCUCAUCACCUACCAUCAGCACAACUCUGCUGGGCUCAUAUCCAGACUCAAGUACCCUGUGUCUCAACGCCAGAAAAGUGCCCCUUCCACAGCUGGCCUCGGCUAUGGGUCGUGGGAGAUUGACCCAAAGGACCUGACCUUCCUGAAAGAGCUGGGGACAGGGCAGUUUGGUGUGGUGAAGUAUGGGAAAUGGAGAGGCCAGUACGACGUUGCUGUCAAGAUGAUCAGGGAGGGCUCCAUGUCAGAGGAGGAGUUUAUCGACGAAGCCAAAGUCAUGAUGAACCUGUCUCAUGAGAAGCUGGUGCAGCUCUAUGGAGUCUGCACCAAGCAGCGUCCCAUCUUCAUCAUCACCGAGUACAUGGCCAAUGGCUGCCUCCUGAACUUCCUGAGGGAAACUCGGCAGCGCUUCCAGCCUGCCCAGCUGCUGGAGAUGUGCAAGGAUGUCUGUGAGGCUAUGGAGUACCUGGAAUCCAAGCAGUUCCUGCACCGAGACCUGGCUGCUCGCAACUGUUUGGUGAACGACCAAGGAAUUGUGAAAGUAUCAGAUUUUGGGCUGUCCAGGUACGUUCUAGAUGAUGAGUACACAAGCUCCAUGGGGUCCAAGUUUCCAGUGCGGUGGUCUCCCCCUGAAGUGCUCCUGUACAGCAAGUUCAGCAGCAAGUCCGACGUCUGGGCUUUUGGCGUUCUGAUGUGGGAAGUUUACUCUCUGGGAAAGAUGCCCUACGAGAGGUUUAACAACAGCGAAACAACCGAGCACGUCAUCCAAGGUCUGCGCCUCUACCGCCCGCAGCAGGCGUCGGAGCGGGUGUACGCCAUCAUGUACAGCUGCUGGCAUGAGAAGGCUGAGGAGCGCCCCACCUUCACUGCGCUGCUGGGCAGCAUCCUGGACGUCAUGGACGACGAGCCCUGACCCCGAGCCGGGCCGGCCUGGCCUGUGACACCUGCCUGGUGCCGGUGGCUGGCACUACUGGGCCGGCGCUGCCCUGCGGACCUGCGCACCGCACCUCGACACCACUGUCAUGGACACGGCACCAGCCGCCUCGUGGGCAAGCAGGGACCUCGUAGGGUCCUCACGGCUGCCAUCGCAGCUCCUGUGACCGGACAGAGCCCCUCACGGCCAAGGACAGAGGCGGA